CCCGUCCCGUCCCGUCGCGGCGAUGCCCGAGUGCCCGGAGCUGCACCUGGCCGGGCGCUACAUCAACGAGGCGUGCGGCGGGCUGGUGUUCUCGGGCGGCGUGGAGCGCUCGGCGGUGGGCAGGGGCCCGGAGGUGCCCUUCUGCAGCGAGGCCUACCGCAUCUCGGCCACCUCCCGGGGCAAGGAGCUGCGGCUGACGCUGGCCCCGCUGGGCCCCGGCCUGUCCCAGGACCUCGUCUUCCGCUUCGGCAUGUCGGGGUCGUUCCGGCUGCGCCCCGCCGCCCAGCUCCCCCGCCAUGCCCACCUCCGUUUCCUCACCCGCGAGAGCCCCCCGCGCGCCCUCUGCUUCGUCGAUGCCCGCCGCUUCGGCUCGUGGCGGCUGGGUGACGCCUGGCAGCCGGGACGCGGGCCCUGCGUCCUCUCCGAGUACCAGGCCUUCAGGGAGAACGUGCUGAAGAACCUGGAUGACAAGGCUUUCGACAAGCCCAUCUGCGAGGCCCUCUUAAACCAGAAGUUUUUCAAUGGAAUUGGGAAUUACCUCCGCGCUGAGAUCCUGUACAGGUUGAAGAUCCCUCCCUUUGAAAAGGCUCGGACCGUGCUGGAGGCCCUGAAGGAUCAGGAGCAGGCGAGGAGGAAGAAGAAUCCUUCCCUGACGCUGAGCAAGAAGCUGAAGCUGAUGCGGGAGAACCCGGAUCUCCUGGAGCUGUGCCACACCGUGCCCAUGGAGGUCAUCGCGGCGGAGAAAAAUCUCUUUGACCCAGAUGACUCGGAUAACUACGCCGCUUUCAAGAACUGGCUGCAGUGUUACUUGGUGCCUGGCAUGAGCUCCCUGCGUGACCGCAACGGCAGGACCGUAUGGUUCCAGGGAGAGCCUGGCCCCAUGGCUCCCAAAGGGCAGACACCCCGCAAGAAGCGUGCUCAGCUGAAGGCAGAUCCCGAGGCUCUGACCCCCAAGGUCACCACGCGCGCCUCGAAACGGCGCCCCAGGGCUGCAGCGAAACCCCCGAAGCCGGCCGAGGAGGAGGAGGUGGCUGACGGGCCGAGGAAGGGACGUGCUCGCAGGAGGAGGAAAGCGACCACUGCUCCGGCAUUGUCCAAGCCUGAGGCGCUGGUCAAAGCCAAAAGAAGCCGCCGGACAUCUGCGCGGAGGGGCAGAGGCGCAGCCCCCGCCGUGUGAGUGCCGCACGCUGCCCUCCUCCUGAGGGGCAUUUUAACAGCCGCAGGAGCAGCUCGGGGAGGGCCUGGCCGGGGGCCUGGGUUAGUGCUGGGGAGAAACGGGGCUGCUCUGUACCUGGGCUCACGCCCGCUUGCUACCGCUGCAUCCUGCCAGUGUGGGAAGGAGAAGCUGGGUUUGGUGAUGGGGCUGAUUUAUCCAGCGUCCUCCUGCUGUCCCCAGGCAUUUGAGGGGGAUAAGGGCCACGGACCACACAUUGUGCUGGACUCUGACCCUUCCCUCUGCCUAAAAGUGGAUUCCCUCUUCCUUCCCCUCUUCCCUUUCUGGCUGCUGCCUGGAUCACUGGUUUUAGCUGACUAAUAAAGUAUUUU